AUGAAGGAGAAUCAACAACUUAUAAUUACAUUAUUGGGGCAAAGAAAUGAACAAAAGAAUGGUGGAGGAGAAGAAAAGGAAGAGGCAGGUACUGCUGCAAUUGAUACUCAGAAGAGGACGACAAAGAGGAAGAAUAAUGAUCUUGCACUUGUUGAGAAUAGGACGAAGAGGAAGAAUGAUGAUGUUGAUAAUGAGAAUAGGACGAAGAGGAAGAAUGAUGAGUUGAUGAACUCUAAGAGGAAGAAUGACGAGAAGAUGAAGAAGAAUGAGAGGAAGGAGAGGAAGGAGGGUGAUGAUGAGAUUACAAGAAAGAUGAAUGAGAGGAAUGAGAGGCGAGAGAGGCUGGCGAUUUUGUCCAAGCAGAGGAUUGCUGAUGAGUUGGCCAAGAAGAUGAAUGCUGAUAAGUUGGCCAAGAAGAGGAAAGCUGAGAAGAGGAAUUCGAAAAAAAACGAUGAGGAGGAGGACGAGGAGAUUGAGGAGGAGGAGACUUUGGAGAAGGACGAGGAGACUGAGGAGGAGGACGAGGAGACUGAGGAGGAGGACGAGGAGACUAGGGAGGAGGACGAGGAGACUGAGGAGAAUGACGAGAAGACUAAGGAGAAUGACAAGAAUGAUGAUUCGCGCCCCACGCCAAAAACCUCUCGCAAAUUGAUUUUUGAUGGCCCAGAGGAGAAGAAUGAUGAUGUGCAUGAGAACAAGGAGGUGGUGGAGAAUAAGGAGGUGGAGGAGAACAAGGAGAAGGAGGUGGGGGAGAACAAGGAGAAGGAGGUGGAGGUGGAGAGAAAGAAGAAGUCGAAACAAUUGGAGGAAUACACCGACCCUGGUGAAAAAGGGUUUAAACUAAAUGAUCCGGUUAAGGUUAAUCCUUUGUUACGAAUUGACGAGGAAAAGAUGAAGGAGUUGAAGAAAUGGUUAAAGAGUGAUGCAAAGGAUUUCAAGGAGUUGACGGGUUGCUCUGCAGAUCGUUCUUUAUUCAACAGAUUGCUCAAGCCUCAACAAUGGUUACACGAUACGGAGAUAGAUGAAAUCUGUCAUCUACUGAAACAAUGGGUUGAGGAGUUUCCUAAGACAUAUCCAAGAAAUUUCUCAAUUGCUGACUCCAAAUUCUCUCAGAAGAUUAAUAAUCGCUAUGAUAUGUUUACCCCGAAUCCUGCAGGCUACGAAUUCGACGAUCUCAUGGAAUACGUAUUUGGUGAAGGAAGUAAUCCUUGGAAUAUUGUUGAUAUGAUAUAUGUACCCUUGAACCUAAAGCAGAAGCACUGGGUCCUGUGCAAGAUUCAUCUACAAGAUUGGUGCAUAUAUGUAUAUGACUGCGAACAGAAUAUGUUCCGAAAGGAUGUGUGUAAUGGUGCCGUACUUGCUUGA